AUGGUCAAUAACAGCUCAAGCGCCCCCGUUGUUAUUUCUCUUGAUACCGAUGCGCUCCUGUGGUGGUACAGCGUUUCCUCUGCCGUUUCCGGGAUCGGCGUGCUGGCUGCACUGCUACUAAUCUGUGCCAUCCUCCGGCAACAACACCUCCGCGAGGGUGCCCACCUGCUGGUGAUCGGACUGCUCAGUCUAGAAACGGUGCUAGCGCUGUCGUCCUUUCUUUUCACCACCACCGUCUUCAUAGCGCAACUCCAACACUACGUCGCAGUUCCAUGCGUCUUGGUGCAAUUUUCCCGACACCUCCUUUUCACCAUUAUCCACUGGAUAUCCGUCGCCCUGGCCAUCAACCGCUUUGUGGCCAUCCUUUUACCUCACCGCUAUUCUCACAUCUCCAGCCGCCGGGCCACCGCGUCCCUAGUGACAGUAUGCUGCAUCAUCGCUGGUGUUGCCACAUUUCCUUUUGUAAAGGGUAUUCUUGGAUAUUAUGCUUUCAGUACGGUUGUCGGCGCUUGUGUGCUCAUUCAGUAUCCCCAUCCAGUCGUCCCUUUCCUGCUGUCGCUCAGCGCCAUUGUGCCGUUUUGUCUACAGGGCGCGCUGUACUUGUGCGUCAUCGCUAAUAUCUUGCGCUCCUGGCAGACACAUGUGCUGGAAACGGCCGCCAGGUCACGUCAGCGUACGAUCGCGGUGAUGCUUAUGGGGUCCUUUGUUUGGUACGUUGCAUGUUACUCUCCGCUGCCCAUCGUUAUCACAUAUUUCCCGUCGGUAUGGCGCAGCCAGCCGUUGUUGUUCUUUUGGCUCAACUCGUUGAUGCACUUGGGCUCAGUUGGAACGCCGGCCAUCUAUAUUCUUCUGAGCGGUGAGUACCGGCGCGCUGUCUUUGAAACACUGCGAGCCGUAUUGCGAACAGUGUGUGGGGAGUGGAUGUGA